CUCAACCCCCCACUACUGGCACGGAGGGCGGGCGCGAGCAGGCUUGCACUGCAAGAAGGGAAGGCCGCGCCGCGCCGCCCGCCGCCGUCUCUCUCUCUCCCGAGGAGGGGGAGGCCUCGCCGCCGCCUCCGGCAUGCAGGGCGUAGAGCAGGAGGACGCGCCGCGGCGGCGGCGGCCGCCGGUCGCCACGGAGGCUCUCCGCGACAGGAUCGUCGAGAAGGUCAAGGAGAACCGCGUCACCCUGAUCGUGGGGGACACCGGAUGCGGGAAGAGCUCUAUGGUUCCCCAGUUCCUCCUAGAAGGAAAUUUGGAACCAAUUAUGUGCACACAGCCUAGGAGGUUUGCAGUAGUAGCUAUUGCUCAAAUGGUGGCUGAAUCUCGCAACUGUCAGGUUGGAGAAGAGGUUGGAUAUCAUAUUGGCCACUCCAAUGUGUCAAAUCUCAAUUCGAAAAGGUCAAAAAUUGUUUUCAAAACAGCUGGUGUUGUACUGGAGCAAAUGCGUGAUAAGGGCCUCGCUGCAUUGAAAUAUAAGGUUAUUAUUCUUGAUGAAAUACACGAAAGGUCCGUCGAAUCUGAUCUUGUACUUGCUUGUGUGAAGCAGUUCAUGAUGAAAAAAAAUGACUUAAGGUUGGUUUUAAUGUCUGCUACCGCUGAUAUCACAAGAUACAAGGAAUACUUUAGAGAUCUUGGAAGGGGUGAAAGGGUUGAAGUGAUUGCCAUUCCAAGCAGUCCUCGAACGCGCAUUUUCCAGAGAGAAGUCCUAUACCUUGAGCAGAUUGCUGAUAUUCUCAAGAUGAAUUCUGAAUCACUCUCAACAAAGUAUUGCUCUGGAGAGGAUGCUGACGCUGAUGCUGGUCUAAACUCUGAUGUGUAUCAACUUAUCCAUGAGUUACUGUUGCACAUACACCGCAGUGAUCCAGACCUUGAAAAUAGUAUUUUGGUUUUCCUUCCUACAUACUAUGCAUUGGAGCAGCAGUGGAUCCGUCUGUCGUCUGUUAGAUCAGUUUUCAAGGUGCACAUUCUUCAUCGUAGCAUUGACACUGAUGAAGCACUUCAAACUAUGAAGGUUUCAAAGUCUUGCCGAAAGGUUAUACUGGCAACAAACAUUGCCGAAUCAUCUGUCACUAUUCCUGGAGUGGCUUAUGUUAUUGAUUCCUGUAGAUCAUUGCAAGUCUAUUGGGAUCCAAUCAGGAAAACAGACUCAGCUGGGCUUGUAUGGGCUUCCAAGUCUCAGACUGAGCAGCGGAAAGGCAGGACAGGCCGUACCUGUGAUGGUCAAAUUUAUCGCCUGGUAACUGGACCAUUUUACAACAGUUUAGAUGAUCAUGAACAUCCUGCCAUUUUAAGGUUAUCGUUGAGAGAGCAAGUGCUCAUGGUUUGCUGUGCAGAGUCAAGAGCUAUGAAUGAUCCUAAUGUUGUGCUGCAAAAAGUUCUCGACCCUCCAAAUUUGGAUGUUAUUCAAGAUGCACUAGACUCACUUGUUCAAAUUCAUGCAUUGGUUAAGCCAACUUCUCCUAGAGGGCGUUACGAGCCCACCUUUUAUGGCUGUUUGCUCAAUAGCUUGCCAUUAUCGUUUGAUGCUUCUGUUCUUGCCCUGAAAUUUGCGGAGAUUGGCUUUCUCCAUGAAGGAAUUCUAAUAGGCAUUAUGUUGGACAUCCAACCACUUCCUAUCCUGCAACCUUUUGGCUAUCAAGCAUUGUGUAAGAUUUUUAGAGACAAUUACUUUGACGAGGAUAGCAACCUGAAAAUUGGCAAGAAGGAAGCUACAUUAAUUGGAAACCUUUGUGCGUUCCAAUUUUGGCAGCGAAUGUUUAAGGACAAGUAUCGUCAAGAGUAUCUGAAAAUGGUGGCUGACACCCAAGAGCCAACAGCAUAUCAUGCCUUUAUCUCUAAACAGGAAGAAGUGUGGUGUGCAUUUCAUAACCUCUUGCCAGCAGCACUUAACAACAUCUCUGAAAUUUAUGAUGAUGUUAUGUGCACACUGCACCGUUUUAGGCCUAGUUUUCUUGUGGAAAUCGAUCCUCCGAAGUACCUUCAGCCUUCUGAAUUCCACCAUGUUUGUCUUCACCAUAAAGUACUAGAGCCAGAGGAUAUGAAUUCACUCUCGCUGGAAUCUGAGAGUUCCCACUUAGGUUCACAGAGGAAGUGUGCUGCAACCCCUUAUGUUUCUGCAACUGAUUUUGGGGUCACUCUCACUGUUGUCGUACUGAAGGCUCUUAUUAAGGAGAUGAAGACACAACUUGCAGAGGACAAGGUAGUUUCUUGUAGGGAACGAGUUAGUGGUUAUGCCCAACAAACUGUUGAAAGUGAGAUGUGUGUGUUCUUUGUACGUGGAUCCUGUACUCGAGGCAACACAUGCCCUUUUUCUCAUUCCGCUCGUGCUCCCAAACCAGUAUGCAAGUUCUUCCUUACAUUACAGGGUUGUAGAAAUGGUAGCUCUUGUUCAUUUUCACAUGAUUGUGGCUCCUUGAACUCGAAAACUUCAUCUAUUACAUCUGGAAUAUGCUCUCAAGAAGACGUACCUACCGCAGUAUGUUGUGCGAAGUUGCUGCCUGCAGGUGGAGAUGGGCAUGUUCUUAUCAUGAAUGACAAAAAUCUUCAGUUCUCCUAUAAAAUUUGCCACUAUUAUGACCCCACUAAGAUAGUUACAUGUACACCUGGUCUGCAUUCAGUGGAGUCUAGUUCAGUGACAAACGGCAUCAUGAUACUCCAGAAUGUGGCUGAUCCUUGUCGUCUGAUUCUUGGUGGUGAACGUAAACUACCAGUUGCUUGGGCAAAGUUACAGCGGGUUUUCUGGUUUGCUGAUUUUGAUUCUGAUGAAUCAAUGAAUGAGAGAGUUCUCCUGCAGAAAUUCUUUGAGCAUAUUGCCAUCAAGACCUUGUCAGAGACAUUGCCUAAUUUGCAGGUUGUCUUGAUCAUGAAUAACACAAAAUUUGUUCACUUGCAGGCUGAAAGAUUGGCGAGGGAAUGCUUCUAUUUUCUGCGUGAAUCAUUUAUGUUUGAUGAAGGGACUCUGGGAUGGUUUUCGGACGCCCCAAGUUAUCCGAAUGGGAUGCAAGUAUCUGCACCAGUCGCUUACGUUUUCAACAUGCAUCCUCCUGCUGGCAUUCAGUUUGGUGACUAUCAAACAGAGCUGCGCAAAGCCUUACGCAGAGCCUAGUUAGGCUGCAGUGUAGGUUUCUCAGAUGUGAAUAGCUAGGUCGAAUCAUUAUGCGUGCUGUAAUCUUUUUGUAAGGUCAGAUCAGACUACGAGUGCCAUCUCAAGUUAACCCACUCUCGCUAGGAUUUCUUAUGUUGGUUUCAGCUAACUGCUUUAACUUUAUUCUCGUUAGGUUAAGAAUUGAAGUGGUGGGUAAACCUUGAUAUCCUUUUUUGGAGUAAACCUUGAUAUCAAGGUCAGAUGUUGGUUUGGAA